AUGCUAAGCACUAACACACCGUUGCUUACUCAAAUUUCAGCUUAUAAAUCGAAGGAUGCAUGUAGGAAUGAUUUGAAACCACAAGAUGUCCCAGGUUUACAUUUUUUUGAGAUGAAUACCAUACAAACUGCCACCAAUAAUUUCAGUUUAUCAAAUAAACUUGGACAAGGUGGAUUUGGUUCUGUGUACAAGGGAAAGCUGCAAGAUGGAAAAGAAAUUGCUGUGAAGCGGCUUUCAAGCAGCUCGGGGCAGGGAAAAGAGGAGUUCAUGAAUGAAAUAGUACUUAUCUCAAAACUACAACACAAAAACUUAGUUAGGAUUUUGGGAUGUUGCAUUGAAGGAGAAGAGAGGCUAUUGAUUUAUGAAUUCAUGUCGAACAAAAGCCUUGAUACUUUUCUCUUUGAUUCAAGAAAAAGGGUUGAAAUUGACUGGCCUAAGAGAUUCAAUAUCAUUCAAGGUAUUGCACGUGGACUUCUCUACCUCCACCGUGACUCACGUCUCAAGGUCAUUCACCGAGACCUGAAGGUAAGUAAUAUCCUUCUUGAUGAGAAGAUGAACCCAAAAAUAUCAGAUUUUGGAUUGGCUCGGAUGUACCAGGGAACUGAAUAUCAAGACAACACUCACCGGGUUGUAGGAACUCUAGGAUAUAUGGCUCCUGAGUAUGCAUGGACCGGGGUAUUUUCUGAAAAAUCCGACAUCUACAGCUAUGGAGUUUUGUUGCUAGAAAUCAUUAGCGGAGAGAAGAUCUCCCGAUUCAGCUGUGGUGGAAAAACCCUUCUUGCAUAUGCAUGGGAAUUUUGGUCUGAAAACAGAGGAACUAAUCUUCUGGACCAAGUUGUUGCUGACUCAUGUUGUCCGUCUGAGGUUGGAAGGUGUGUACAGAUUGGUCUGCUUUGUGUUCAGCACCAACCCGUAGACAGGCCUAACACACUUGAGUUGCUGUACAUACUCACCACAACAUCAGAUCUUCCAACACCGAAACAGCCCACAUUUGUAGUGCACACGAGCGACUGUGAAUCCCAUUUUAGGGAUUUGAUAACAGUCAAUGAGAUGACACAAUCUGUGAUACUUGGGCGAUAA